AUGAACCGGUUUAAUAGGACCGCUCGGCAAGUAAGGGGAGUAGGCAAGAAGUUUACCAUUAGCACUCUGGCCACCACGUUGAGGCCUUCCCCUUUCGUUGAUAAUUUGUUUGCGGAACCCCCGUUAACCUUGGAUGAGUUGCAAGAGAGAGCUGCUCGGUUCAUCAGAAUAGAAGAGAUGAGGGCAGUUCAGAGACGACAACAGGAGCAGAGCUCAACUUCGGGGCAGGAGAAGAAAGAAGGCAAAAAACCGUUCAAACCCGGCGAACGGAUAAAGGGCCAGAAGUACAGAGAUGGCCCAAAACGGGCUAGAUUCGAAAAGUACACCCCACUGAAUAUGCCAAGGGCUAGAGUGUUGGAAGAAGCCCUGAGUGCAGAUCUUAUUCGUGACUGCACUGUGUUGAAAGAUAAAGUGGAAGAGCUGAUCCGGGCGGGUCACCUGAAAAAGUUCGUUAAGGAGGAACGGAGGACGCGAAGUCCACCCAGAAGGGCUUGGGUGGAACGAAGUGAUAGGAGAGAUGAUAGACGCCCAGAUCGUAGGCGGAGUAGAAGUCGCAGCCAUGACCGAUCAUUGCAUGGCACGAUAAAUACUAUCUCUGGACGUUUUGCUGGGGGGUCAUCGGCGUCAGCAAGGAAGAGAAACCUAAGGGAGCUUAAGAGCGUUCACCGGGUAGAUGUGAGGAAGCGCUUCAUGCCACCCAUCACGUUCACCGAUGAAGAUUUUCAUGCUCCGGAUCCAGACCAAGACGAUCCGAUGGUAAUAACAGCUAUUAUUGCUCGGUACAGCGUAGGAAAGGUGUUGGUGGAUCAAGGAAGUUCUGUUAACAUUCUUUACUGGAAGACGUUCCAGCAGAUGGACAUAUUCGAGGAUCUGAUAUCCCCGUUUAACGAGUAG